CGGGCGGCGGCAGAUUCGGUUAUUGUUUGUUAGCAAAGGUGCUAACCGCUUAACGAGCUUUUAAAAACAAACCAGAGGAGAAGAAUUGGUCAGCAAAAUAAACAGAUUGAAAUGGAUUCCCAGGACCACAGGGGUUCUUCUGAUUCUGCUGCAGUGAAUGAUCUACCGUCCUCAGUUUUACCCCUACACUUAAUAAGGAUGAAAGACAUAAUGGCCAACCAGUGUUUUGACAUGAAUGUUAAAGUCAAUAUGGCCAAACUUAAGAAACCAUCAGAAACAUUUGAUGCUGAUGCUGAUCUCUCUAAAUAUGAAAAUUUAAUAGAACAGGCAAGACUCUCUCAUUUCAACAAAACUCUGGCACUAAACAGAAUGCAAGUUUGGAACUCAAUCAUUGAGAGACUCAUGCAGAGUGAUGCUGCUGCUUUGUCACUGAAGGCAAUAGUUGAUGAAAAUGCAGAUCUCUGUGAAAAGACAAUGAAAGUUAUAAGGGAAACACGUGACCUUCAGGACAAAAUCAUGGAUGCUCAAAAGGAAAGACUUGAGCUGAAAGGGUCAAUUAAGAAAGAGAUGCAAGAGAUUACUAAGCUAAAACAGAUGGGGGAGAAUCAAACCGAAGCACAAAAACGGGCCAUGGAGAGAGCCGAGGCAAUCCUGCAGAAGUACAAAAAGAUUGCUACUAUUUCACAAAACGUCCUAAGGGGAAUCAUCCUUGCUAGCAGGGUAAACUGGAUUGAUGACCCCAAACUAAAAGACAUAGCAAUGGGAUUGGAAAGCAUUCCUGACUGAAGAGGAGCUUAAGAAACUGCUUACAUAUGUAACAUAAUGUGUGCUGUAUAUUUUUGUAAUAUAGACUGUUUGGUUUGUAAAAUGUCUCUCCCCCCCGAAGUAGUUUUGAAAAGUGGUCACACUGGGAGGUUUGACAAAACACAGCAGCCAACGACGCAGUGAAAUGUGCUUAGUAACCAUGUUAUCUUACUACACAAGCUCCUGCAGACUAAAAUAAAUCCUUGUUACCUUUUCUAGAUGCAUAUCUCUGUAACAAAUGUAGAACAACUAUCUGUGUUAAUGUAUCUUUUGGACUAACAGUAAAUAAAAAAUCCCUGUUCACUU